UCAUCCAAGCAGGUGAUGCAUCUUGCUAGUCCUGCGCAAGUUGAGCUCACCGAACCCAGCCAAAGUCUCACCAUCCUUGCCGAAGCGAAGAACAGUUCGAACUUGGGACUCCACCUCAAAAAAUACAUACUGGUAGUUGCGAACUUGCGGCCUGCCCUGCAGCACUUGUACGAAUGCAGUCUACGGAGUAUGUACACAUCGCCGCAGCUGUUUGUCCGGCAAAGUGCAAACCCACGGCUGUUAUGCCAUUCUCGGUGCUGAACCAACGCGCACGAUACAGUUUACCUCGACGAUUGAAUACCUACCGUCAACCACGAACACAAGCAGCCAUCCGAUCGUGGCAUUCCCGUAUCAAUUGCACAUCUUGCCAACGAAUGUACCAUGCAGCCAACCUCUGCACCUCCAGCUUCACCGUGCGCCACCCCCAGACCUUCUGGUCCGUGAGCUGAGCAAAACCUCCGGCUCCAUGACGAUGCGAUCUCGAUGU